CAACACACACGUCCAUGAGCGUGUUGGGCUACUGGCGAGCACCUCUCCAGUUCUUCGAUCUGCGCGGUUUGCUGGAACAGCACAGAGCCUACGCUUCUUCAACCAACUUGCACUUUUCGUAUCUAUCGUUUUCUCCACACUUUGUUCUCAUCGACACCCAACAUCGCCGGCGGCUCUCUGUUGCUCUUGACCUACGGUUUUCUUCUCGCGCAGUUGAAGUAGCCUGGCUGAUUCGGGUGGCACCCUGACAUUCAAACUUGUUUGAUACCCUGUUCUUUUUCCGUUUCCGAGGAUAACCCGGUUCUGCCGUGAAUAUUCUCCUCGUGUAACCGUACUCAAUGGAAUGGACAGACGUCGUUUCUUGCAAGCGAGCAGAGCUACAACGCUAUCCUCUGGAGCAUCGUGGUCGGGAUGCUGCCCUCACCAAUCUGGCGCGCGCCCUCUACGACAGAUUCCUGAGAGAGCGAAAAGCUGACGACCUGAACGAGGCCAUCACUCUGCACCGCGCAGCUUUAGAACUCCGUCCAAUUGGGAAUCACAAGCGACACCUUUCACUCAACGAUCUUGCAGUCUGUUUUUCGAGGAGAUAUAGCAGUCAGAGGGUAGUCAAUGACUUGGAAGAAGCUGUCUCGCUCGCACGUGCAGCGCUACAGCUUUGUCCACCAGGGCAUCCUGAUCGCGGCGCAACUCUCCACAGUCUUGCUUGCCAGCUUAGGAAACGGUUCAUGAAACAGACUGCGACCCACGACUUGGAUGAGGCGAUUGAGCUGCUCCGUGAAGCUUUGAAACUACGUCCCUCUGUACGCGAUCGGUUUUCAUCAAUCCAUCGGCUUGCUCUCUGUCUUUCGAGUAGAUAUGACCAUCGACGGGUAGUUGCCGACUUAGAAGAAGCCGUCGUGCUCGGACGUGCUGCACUAGAGCUCUAUCCACCAGGGCAUUCCAGUCGUGCUACAUCUCUCAACAAUCUCGCUUGCGAUCUCUGCAAGAAGCAUGCCAUCAUUCCCGGGUCGCACAGGGAAAAUUCUUUGCGUCGAGCUGUAUCGUUGGUCUACCCCGCAAGCUUUGCUGGUGUUCCGUCCACACUUUUUGAGCUCUCACUGCACCUCUGGGGCAGGUUUCAGAUCCAGGGCAAACUGGCUGACCUGGACGAGGCAAUUUGUCUCGCAACAUACGUCUUGGAGCUCUUACUACCGGGACACUCUGAUUACGCUGUUUCGCUCCAACAGCUAGCUUUUUUCGUUGGGAAGCGGGUUCAACGGCUGGCCCAGCAGUUAGACUUGGAUGACACUCUCCUUUGCCGAGCGGUAGACAAUAUAUGUGCCCUUGCAGAUUACUUUAGGGUCAGAUUCCACAAUCACCGCGCAGUUGUCAAUCUGCAUGCGGCCAUCCAACUCUACCAAUAUGUACUGCAACUCCGCCCGUCUGGGCAUCCCGGUCGCGCUUCAUCUCUGCACAACCUUGCCCAGUGUUUUGCAGACCGGUUUUCUCAACAACUCGUAGCAGGGGAUCUGGAUAAAGCGAUUGCACUUGAACAACAAGCCCUGGAACUACUCACACCCAAAGAUCUGGGGUACAAGCUAUCCCACCACUGCCUCACAACCUACCUCCAAAUGAAGAUCAGGUCACAAGUUUCUUCACCGGCCUCCAAUAUCUCAGAUACCACCCACAUUGACAUUAAGAAAGUCAUUCGUACUGUCGCAUUAGAAAUCCUCAAGACUUCCCCAACCAGGCUGCUGCUUACACGUACCGGUAGCCUGUGCAACCGGGACAUGCAGAUAUCGCAUUUCAUGAGCAGUAAACAGUGCGAUCAGCUGUUGUCCUUGUGCACAACGCACGACCCGGAUCAACUAGUGGAACGCGUUCACACUGAUCUUUCAAGGUACUUCCAGUACGUCUCCUUUUCCCACCGCUGGGGUAAAAGUGAGCCGUCACUGCGCGACAUCGAAGGUCAGCCAAUUUAUAGUAUGCCGGCAAGGGGGGGCCUUCGAAAGCUCCAAGCCUUCUGUAUUGUUGCUUGCAAGUGGGAUUACUUAUGGGCAUGGAGCGACACGUGCUGCAUAGACAAAGAUAGCAGUGCGGAGUUGCAAGAAGCGAUAGGAUCAAUGUUCGCAUGGUAUCGACAGUCUGCCCUGACCGUCGUCUACCUUUCUGACGCUCCCGAUACCGGUUCGUUGGGGAGCAGUGAAUGGUUCAAACGCGGGUGGACCCUCCAAGAACUAUUGGCUCCCCGAACCGUAGUAUUCUACACCCAAAACUGGUCACUUUAUAAGAACCUGACGUCUUCGAACCAUAAAGCCGAUAUUGCAGUGCUGGAAGAACUGGAGAGGGUAACUGGAAUAGAGACCCGAUUCCUCACCAACUUUUCUCCGGGUAUGGAUGACGCACGCUCGAGACUGCAAUGGGCAUCAUUUCGUCAAACCACUCGGCCUGAAGAUAUAGCCUAUUCACUUUUCGGGAUCUUUAAUCUCCACCUGCCCGUUCUGUAUGGCGAAACCGCUGAGAAUGCGCUUGGUCGACUGCUGGCCGAGAUCAUAUCGCAGUCUGGGGACAUCUCAGUUUUGGAUUGGGUCGGAGAAGCAUCAUCAUAUCAUAGUUGUUUCCCUGCCAACAUCACCUCGUAUCAAGCGUUACCACUGCUUCCAACCCAAUCUAAUGUGGAAGAACAUGCGUUGAUGACGACUGAGCAGUUUACGCCGUCGUCAGCCCUACAAACGUUGUAUUGCACACUUGCCAAGUCAUCCCUUCCGCGAUUCCUUACUCGCCGCCUUGCACUCCCAUGCAUCGCCCAUCACGUCACAGCAAUCCAGUUAAAAGAAUCCCCUGCACAUGCUCCGGGCUACACAUACGAGAUCCGGGCAUUUGGUCUGAGGCGACUUGAGAUCAUACUGCCAGGGCAGCUAGAAAGUGCUGUAAUUUUGGACGGUGUUCUGCAGCUUGUUCGCCCAUGGCACUCGAAAUUGAUUGAUCCACUCACCAAGGUUUACGCCACGAAAGAAGAGGCACUUAUUUAUACACUGGGAAGGCCGUUUCACGCUCUGCUGUUGCUCGAACUACCUCAUAACGAGUACAAAAGGAUUGCGUCUCCUGCUCUCAUUACUGCUCAGCCGAUAGACUCAUCCAGCAUUCUGGAAAGUAACGUUAGGAUAUUUGAUAUCGUGUAG